UAUGUGUACAGCAACAAACUGGAGGCCUACCACCUACCACUAAUCAGGCGCAAUGUCUGCGUCGACUGUGUCGCGCGGGACACCCGCGAGGGUAAACGGCACGGACAUCAUAGACCUGGAUCGCUACAUGCGUGCUACGGUACGACCCUCGCGACACCGACCUCAACACAACCGUGAGCGCUUGAUCGUGGAUGCGGGCGGUAUAAACAGAAUACCAGUAGAUGUCAGCUCCAGUACCGAGAGUAGUCCAUUGCAAUCGCACACACACACUCGGGAUCACUGCAAGCAAUACUCGCACGACUCUGGAUUGUCCGAUGGUAGUUAUCUGAGGCAGAGACAUCGACCACAGAGACGCGUCAGCGUAGAAAAAUCUCGCGAGUCGAGUCGAGUGGCGGGAUCAAACUCGUCAGUGCGCGAAUUCAAAGCUGCUUGCGAGAAGGCGUUACGCGAACAACAGCAACAAAUAGCUCGAGUCGCUGAACUUUGCGAGAAAUUAGUGCAACCGCAAAUCGCACAAAAUAUUCUUCAAACAGCAACUCCGAACGUCACAAACGAUGGACAAAAUUCUCCCAACACUCCCCGAGUGACUCAGACUUAUAACUGUAUGAGCCAAAAUACAAAUCAAUUUGGCCAAUAUUUGAAUUCCGAUUUGAAUGAGAACACUAUGUGUGUAAAACAAAAUUUCGGUCAAAAUGUAAGCCCAAUUAAACGCGUUAACCGUAAUCUUUCACCGUGUACAAGUGACAUUACAUCCAGCAGUUGUAGUACGAGAAAUAUUAAGAUACGCGACAAACAUCGCUCUGACUCGUGUAAAACCUACAAGUUGAUAAUGGGAAAAUUGGACGAACUAAGCCAGCUGUUUGCGACUCGACGCGUGCCCGUUCAAACUCAACUUGUAAGACAGUCCUCUGAGUCAGUGUCGAUGUGUGACAAGGUGGUGGCCACGGACGACGGAAGGGGGAGAAAUUUUGACACCGUAAAGGUACUUCAUACUAGCAAACUGAACGGUCGUGUGCAGCCGAAUAUAAAUCAAUCUCUUGAAAGACGUCAGCUCAAAGCACUACACGCGAUGAAUGUCACAACAGUGGGACAGGGGACAAAUCAUGUUGCUGGCGAUGGUUGCCUGAGCGACACCGGCUCAGUCAGCGAUGUCUUCGACUUGGACAACCCUUUGCAUUUAUAUUCGCAAGCUAAACGCUUACAAGAGUUACGAGCGAGUAGCCAACGCACGAGUUCCAGUCGUCCACCGCACAAACAACAGAACGCACGCGACUACGAGUCGGACGCGCUGGGCGACCAGGUCGAGGGCACUCGCUCCGUGUGCGCGCUGUGUCGUGAAUACUGGCGAAUUAUAAGACAGUAUUUCAAUAAAUAAUUCUUUGGAACUUUUAUUUGAUUCAGUAU